CGGGAGCCCCAUUGAAAGAGAAGCUUACUUCGUCUUUUGUAGUUUCAUCUGCAGUCCUGAUGAAGAGUGAACUAGCUGAGAUCGGGCUUGAAGAAAAGAAAGUAGCUUUUCCUCUGAGAAAACACCAAAUGGAUGACACUGGUGCUGUGGGAGGGCCCCGGAGGGCCCAGAGCCCCUGGGAUGGGAGCAGCACCCUGGCUGGGGUCUCCCCCAUGGUGGAGCCCUGGCAGAGGCAGGAUGGAGAAGGAGGAGUGUAUCCCCGUCAGUCACCCAGCUGGGCCGCCUGGUCAAGGAGGCGGGGAUCAAGUCCCUGGAAGAGAUCUGCCCCUUGCCCGCCAUCAGGGAGCCUGAGAUCACUGACCCUUCCCAGGGGGCAUCCCUCCCGGAUGAGGUUUCGAAGAUGACGCAGCCCCUUACUGGCCAGCGAUCGGGGUUCAAGGCGUCUGUUGCCGUUGGAGCUCACACUGGAGACGUCUGGGGGAAACUGAAGGGGAGAAAGAAAAAUGUUCACUAUACUUGGCUUCAUUUAAUUUUUAAAGCUGAAAGUAAUGAAGAUGUCCUACUGCAUGUCCUGUCAUUGUCUUCUGCAGCUCUACUCAGACAUUUUCCCAGGAUGACCAGUGGAGUACCGCGGAGGGUGUAACUGCAGAGCCUAAGGAAGCUCUAUUAAAUCAACACUCAUGGUGCUAAAACACACACACACACACACACACACACACACACACACACACUCAUGGUGCUAAUGUCCUCCACCAUCCUCUGAAGCCCAUGGUGAAAAUGCACCACUCCUUCCUAGCAGUCAGCUCUGCGAUGCACGGAGACCUUACCUCUGCGUGUCUCUGCUAACUCUCAUUAAUUUUUCUGAAAAUGCAGGACAGCUGUGACUCAGCAAAAUUUCUUGACAGACAACUUUUGUCUCCCUUAGCAACUUCCCUCUAGCCUUCCAGAUUCUUGUCUUUUGAGCUAUAAAGUUAGAUGGUUCAAUACCAGAAUCUUGCCAGAAAGUUAGAUGGUUCAAUACCGAAUCUUCUAAUUUCUUACUUAAGAAUAUCAGCAAGUGUGAGCUUGAAAAUGAAGUCUCUACAUUGAAAAAAUUCAUUCUGAGGUUAAAAUGAAAUAUUCGAAAAUCUCAAAAAGGGUCCCCCUCAAAACCAAUAAAUGCUUAAAUAAACAUGA